GGGCGGGGGGCUCUGGUGGCCACUGCUGGGUGCCUGCAGGGCAGUACACUACUGCCCCCCGCCCAGAGAAAGGGUGCUUUCAAAAGGGGGCGCUUGGGGCGGACUUUCCUUUUGUUUUUCCACUGAGCUCCAGGCAUCCCGUGUCCGCAAGUGUCACUACUGUAAAGUCAAGACAGUGUGCUGUUCCCCUCGCACUGCAGGAUACACAGUGUGGUUCACCAUGGUUGCAACUAGCAGCUUAAGCAGUAAAAAUUCGGCCAGCAUUUCAGAGUUGAUAGACCGUGGCUUUCCGCCUGGAAGUCUAACUGAUUUUGACUACUGGGAUUAUGUCAUGCCAGAACCCAACCUCAACGAGGCAAUAGUCGAAGAGACAACUUGCCAGAGCUUGGCUAAAAUGCUGGAAAAUUGCCUGUCCAAAUCCAAGCAGACCAAACUUGGCUGCUCCAAGGUUCUUGUGCCUGAGAAACUGACCAAGAGAAUAGCUCAAGAUGUGUUACGCCUGUCUUCCCCUGAGCCCUGUGGCCUUCGAGGCUGUAUUAUCCAUGUGAACUUGGAAACUGAAAAUGUAUGUAAGAAGCUGGAUAAGAUUGUGUGUGAUGCUAGUGUGGUACCUACCUUUGAGCUUACCCUGGUGUUUAAGCAGGAAAACUGUUCAUGGUCUAGCUUCAAAGACUUUUUCUUCAGCAAAGCUCGUUUCACAUCUGGCUUUAGGAGAACUCUGAUUCUCAGCCCAGGGUUUAGACUUGUCAAAAGGAAGCUUUACUCAUUGAUUGGAACAGUCAUUGAAGAGUGCUAGAAAAAUCUCUCUUGCUGACUUCUAAUAGAUUGUGCCACUGCUUGGUUUGAUGUCACUCGUAGCUUGUUUGGCCUCAUCAAGAAACCCCAGGUUUAACCCAUCUGACAUAUGUGUUCCUUAUUCAGCACAACCUCAAGUAUUUUGCUCCAAAGCAUUCAUUUUGAGGCCUGGCCAAAACAUCCCCAAGGGAGUACACACUUUCCACUGAUUAAAGCCAGAGUCACUGAAAAAUAGGAAGGAGCAGGAGGGAACCCAGGGAGCAGUUGCCUUCAUUUGGAGAGCCGUAUCUCUCUGCUCAGACCAUCCUUUCAGAGACAGGCAGCCUACUUAGUCAUUAAGUAAUUAGUCACAUCCAACAGGUCAGGCCUGGAGCUUUAACUUGUUGACGAGAUGAAUGACAUUUUGCUUAGUUUGCUUUUAAUAAUGGCACUUUCAAAGUGCUCGAACAGAAUCCUUCCAACCAUAUAGCCUUAUUAAGCGAAGCUCAGCCAAUACAAAAACUUCAGGAAGCACAGAAAACCAACAUUCCUAUCUUGUGUUGAAGGGUUCUGAUCCCACCAGGUGGACCUUAAGUCUCUGUGCUUGACUUAAAACUGACUCUUGGAAAGAACUGAUUAGGAAUGUUACAGAGACAACCCUCUUGUCACGUCCCCUCUGAAUUUGAAGCUGGGGGUGGGGUGGAGUGGGGGAGUGGAGGGGAGCAAUCUUGCAUUAUAACUUUCAACAAAUGUAUUUACUCAACUUUAUUGUAAAGUAUGCACUCAAUUUUUAAAGGGUUCUGUAUUGCACAUUACUUUUUUCUUCUUAAAAUCCUUACCUGCUGUCUUAGAAUUGAUACUAAAUGGGGACAGCUGGGUAGCU